AUGGCAGCCAUUGAGUACCCGCACUGUGGAGCCAAAGGAUCCGCGAUAGCGACACAUUUAAAAGAGCCAGAAACCUCCCAUCUAGUCCACCAAAUUAUGCAACCAGAACGCUCAAAAGAAGUCGAGACCGUCGACAAAAAGACGACUGCCGUCCUAGAGACGAUUAGCAUCCACGAUGCCGAAGAGGCAGCAGGUAUUGAGAUCUUUGCAGAAGACGACACCCAUCUCCACAGAGCUCUGAAGGAAAGGCACAUCGGUAUGAUCACAUUGGUCGGUGUGUUUGGUACCGGAUUGUUCCUCAGUAGUGGAGGAACGCUUGCCAAAACAGGACCUGUUGGUAUGUGUCUGUCGUACCUCAUUGUGGGCAUCAUUGUGGGUAUGAACCAGAUGGCGCUUGCCGAGGUGGCUGCGCUGGCUCCGUUGACGGGAUCCACUAUUCGCCACGCAGAGAUCUUCAUUGACGACGCUGCUGGCUUUGCGUUAGGCUGGCUCAAGGUUUGGAAUUCCAUCCUUCCAACCGCCCUCGUCUCCUCCGCACUUAUUAUGCAGUACUGGAGCAACCUGUCACCGGGCAUCUGGAUCACCAUCUUCAUGAUUCCGAUCUGCUUUACCAACAUUUUCUCCAUCCGAAUUUACGGUGAGGUCGAAUUUGUGUUUGCUUUGCUAAAAAUCUCCUUGAUUCUCAUUCUUGUUCUGGCCGGCCUCGUAGUCGACCUCGGUGGCGUCAAGGGCCAGAAAAGGCUUGGCUUCCACUACUGGAAAGACCCUGGUCCUUUUGCGUCGUACAUCAAGUCCGGCAGCCUGGGACAGUUCAUUGGUUUCUGGGCCGCCCUGUCGUCUGUGGUGUAUGCUUACGGUGGAGUUCAGGGAAUUGCUCUGCUGGCUGGAGAGACCAAAAAUCCGCGUACUAACAUUCCAAAGGCUGCAAAGAGAAUCCUGUACAGAGUUGUUGGUCUUUACAUGAUCGCCGUGUUCAUCUUGAGUCUUAUUGUUCCGUACGAUGACCCAAAAAUUGCAACCAGCGACGGCACAGCCGCACAUUCGCCAUACGUGAUUGCCUUCGAAAAAGCAGGUAUCAAAGUGCUUCCCCAUGUGGUGAACGCGCUGACGCUGUCAUCUGCAUGGUCUGAGUCGAACCUCGGCAUCACUCAGACUUCGCGAAUCCUGUUUUCUCUUGCUGCCAAGGGUCAGGCCCCUAAGAUUCUCCUCAAAAGUAGCAAGAAACUCAAGGUGCCUUACGUCGGAGUUAUAAUUGGUCUGAUCUUCCUGUCAUUGGCGUACAUGACGCUGGAUUCCACUGCAGCCAACGUGUUCAGCUGGUUCCAAAACAUCACGUCGUCUGUCCUGCUUCUAGAGUGGAUCAUCAUCUCGAUUAACAACAUCAGAAUGAACAGGGCUCUCAAAGUCCAGGGCUACAGCCGCGACGACCUUCCGUACACCAAUAAGAUUGCCAAGGCUAGCGCUUGGUUAUCGCUCUUUGGGUCGGCCCUUCUGCUAAUCACUGGUGGCUUCACGACUUUCAUUCAUGGCCACUGGGAAACCUCCACCUUGUUCUCAUCCUAUUGUGCUCCUGUUCUGUUUGUGGUCUUCUAUCUCGGAUAUAAAUUCAUCAAGAAGACCAAACACGUGCCUCUAGAGGAAAUUUGUCUUCCAGAGCUGAUGGAGGACUACCACAGCAAGCCUGAGCCUCCAUCCGAGCCCCUAAGAGGUUGGAGACUUCUCGCCUUCUUGUGGGCCUAA